AUGGCCAUAAAUAUUUCAUGUCAAGCUCUGUCAAGGAGAAUUCCCAAGUGGGUUUCUCUUGACGCUCACCUCUCUUCCUUAUCAUGCGCCGCGGCCAAACUCCAGGCCACCCAAGAACCUGUAGAAAUCCAAUCCAACACCUCCGACCUCGAACCAAAAUUUCAACUUUUGAAAAAAAAUCUUCACCCAGACAGCUUAAUCACGGUAUUGAGCGCCACAGCCGACUUAAAUUCUUCGAUGAACAUAUUCAAAUGGGCCUCGCUUCAAAAGAGGUUCGACCACACAGCAGAGACCUAUCACAUGAUGAUACUGAAGCUGGGCAUGGCGGGAAAACUGGAGGAGAUUGAGAGUUUUUGUAAUGAGAUGGUGAGGGAUAAUAAAUGCCGGGAUUUUGACAAGUGUCUGUUGGCGUCAAUUGAUUCAUUUGUUGCUAAUCGAAGGCUCAGUGAGGCUCUAAGGGUUCUUUACGUUCUGAACACGACGGGCUUUAAGCCCUCCGUAGAUGCCUUCAAUGGGUUGAUGGGUGCGCUUGUGGAGGGGAAGAGGGGUUUUAAGGAUGUGCUGUUCGUGUACAAAGAACUGGUGAAAUCUGGAACUUUACCGAAUGUUGACACACUGAAUUACCUAAUGGAGGUUUUGUUAGAGUCAGGAAGGGUGGAUUUGGCUGUUGAUCAGUACAAGAGAAUGGAGAAGAAAGGGUGUGUUCCUAAUAUCAGGACUUUCCAGAUUAUGAUUGGCGGUCUUGCCGCCGUGGGCCGAGUUCAAGAUUCGAUUCUUAUAUUGGAGGACAUGUUUAGAAGUGGAUGUGAGCCAGACUCUCGUUUCUAUAGUUGUAUAAUACCUGUGUUUUGUACUCUGCAUAAUUUAGAGAUAAGCUUGAGGUUGUUUGGAAUGAUGAAAGCUUCUGGUAUAGCUCCGGAUUCUGUCGCUUAUGGGGCUGUGAUUAGGUGCAUGUGCAAGUAUCUUCAUUUGAAUGAUGCUAUUGAACUUUGUAAGGAGAUGGUGGAUGGUGGUUUGUUGCCCGAUGAUCGAGUGUGCUUGGAUAUAGUAAGUGGAUUGUGCAAAUCAAAUAAAUUCACUGAAGCUGAAAGCUUCUUGGAGGAGAGAAAUAUCAUCGAAGCAGGCCCUCAUAAUGCACUUCUUGAGUCCUAUUGUGUUAGUGGAGGUUUUACAGAAGCGAAGUUAAUGUUUGAUAAAAUGCUCAAGAGAAAUAUAACCGAUGCUAGGUCUUGGAAUAUUCUUAUCAGAUUCUUUUGUGAAAAUGCAGUUAGCAAUAUGGCAUCAGAAUGUCUGUGUAGAAUGAUUAAAUCGUGUUAUCCUCCCGACUCUGCUUCUUAUUCCGCUCUAAUUCUUGGCAGCUGCAAAAGUGGGAAGUUCUUACGUGCUUUAGAUUUGUUUUCUCAUAUUAGAUCCAAAGGUUGGGUUUUGGACUCUUUCUGCUAUGGUGAAUUAAUGGAGUGUCUUUGUAAGGGAGAAAAUGUUCAAGAAGCUAUUGAAGUGUUCAAUUAUAUGUCUGGUAAAGGAUGUUCUCUCCAGUCGAUGACAUUCAGUGUGUUGAUCGAGAAAAUGUGUGCGGGUGGAGCGGUUAAAAGCGCAAUCAAACUACUAUCACUUGCUUACCACAGUGACACUGCUACUUUAGUUUCAGCUUACAAUAGUAUUUUGAGAGGUUUAUCCGAAUUGGGCCAGAAAAGUAAUUUCUUGUUGAUACUUUCACGAAUGAUAGUAGUUGGUUGUGCUUUUGACACGGAAACUUACUAUAUCCUCAUUCAUUGCAUGAGUGCUUUGAACCGGAAAGGUGAUUGCGUGUCGGUUUUGAAAUUAAUGCUAAGUGAAGGCUUAAUGCCUGAUUCACAUAUGUUGGCUUGUUUGGCUAAGUACUCUCAGGUGCACUUGGUUGUACCUUUGUUAGAUAAGCUCAUGUCUGAGCCUGAAAUACUUGAUUCGGCUGCGUAUAACGUGCUCAUUGAUGGGCUGUGGAGGGAGGGGUACAAGAAUGACGCUGGUCACUUGUUGGAUUUAAUGUUGGAAAGGGGUUGGGUUCCAGAAGCUUCUACACACGCGUUGCUAAUGGGUUCCUCAGCAAGUACCAAAAUGGUCAGUGAGAAAGUCGAAGGAAAUAUUGGCGGGCAAGAUUAUGUGAGCAGCAUACUCGAGGAGGGCCUCGGGGAAACGUGA